GUGACUCCCUGGCUGCCUGUUCCGCCAGAUGAGGCGCCCCAGUGGAAGGCCAGGGAGGCCAUCUUCCGCUUGCCACGAAGUCGCUGCUUUGAGGCGGAGUUCGUGGAUUCCGCGCAUCUCCACAUUGCCCUCAUGCAGAAGGGGGCCGAACAGCCUGAGAAGACGACCCUGGCUGGGGCCGCGCUGGGUGGAAUUUCAGCCUUCAAGCAGGGUGGCUUCUCGGCCCUGCGUUCGCAUGCUGCUGCCUCUGCGUCGGCGUUGCCGUUGGGCGGCUUUCAGAACGAGCGCGGGGACCUCGUGGGCUCCUUGAAGAUUUCGGUGGGACGGCGGCUUGCCUGUGCAGAAGAGGAUGGAGGCACUACUUGGCUGCAGCUGCUGGAUGUGGAUGGCAGGAACGUGAAGGGGCAGUU